AAAAGGUUCUUAUGAUCAAACUUUCUCCAACAGAUUUCAUAAUGACAUCCCUCAGUGUUUUUGCUUCAUUGCCAGAGGAUCAUUUCCAGUGCUCCAUUUGUCUCAACGUCUUCAGCAGCCCAGUCACCACCCCGUGUGGUCACAACUUCUGCAAGACCUGCCUCAGCGAUCACUGGGACAAGAGCGAAAUAUGUCACUGCCCGUUGUGUAAUAAAAGAUUCUACGUGAGACCCGAGAUCUCCACAAACGAGGUCAUCGAGGAGAUUUCCACCCAAAUAAAGAGGAGGAAAUGUGAGACCCCUGAAAGCGCUGAUGCACCGUGGCGGGUGAAGUGUGAUGUGUGCACGGAGACAAAAUUCAAGGCGUUGAAGUCUUGCCUCGUUUGUUGGACGUCGUACUGCGAAGCCCACCUGGAGCCCCACCGGAGAGUCCCGUCCCUGAUGAGACACAAGCUGAUGGAUCCCGUGGAGGACCUGGAGGAGAGGAUGUGUGAGAAGCACGAGAGGGUUUUGGAGCUUUUCUGCAGGGAGGAACAGGUGUGCAUCUGUCUGCUGUGCAGCGAGACCGACCACAAAGACCACGAGACGGUUCCUGUUGAUGAGGAAGGCAUUCGGCAGAAAGAAAAUAUUGAGUCCAAGAAGGCAACGAUCAAAGUGAUGAUUGAGGACAGAAUGGAAAAGAUCCUAGAAUUCACAAACUCGUCUGAAACGCGCAGGGAGAGCGCAAACAAAGAGAUGGAGGACAGCGAAACGCUCUUCAAUCAUCUGAUGAAUGGAGUGCACGAGGUGCAAACUAAACUGAAUUUGAACAUCAAAGAGAAGCUACGAAAAUCCCAGGAGAAGGACAUAGCCAUGGUAGAAGAGCUGCAGGAGGAAAUCAGCAAACUGCAGAGGAAGCACUCUGAGCUAGAAGAGCUCUCACAAAGUGACGACCACCUUCACCUCCUGCAGAACUUGCAGACUGUGAGCAACAUGUCAGGCACGAAGGAUUGGUCUAAGAUCAGUGUCUACUCAGACAUGUGCGUGCAGACGGUGAGGAGAGCCAUGACUCAUCUUGUUUCUGAUUUUCAAUCCGUGCUGAAAACUCUGACGGAAACAGAGCUGACCAGGAUGAGACAAUAUAAAGAGUCUGUGACGUUCGACCAUGACACUGCUGGUUCUGGCCUUGUGGUGUCUGACGCGGGGAAACGUUUGAAGUACUUCAGCAACGCCAGCCUAUCGUCGUCGGAUGACUUUUUGAGGUUUGACUGUCCCAUGGUUUUGGGGAAGAAGGGCUUCACGUCCGGGCGUCACUACUGGGAAGUCAGAGUGGGGCUGAGAAACAACUGGGAUGUUGGCGUUGCCACGGAAACCGCAAACAGAACAGGGAAGGUGGCCUUGAGAAGAGAAAAUGGCUUCUUCGCCAUAGGAAAGCGAGGUUUUGAUUAUCAAGUCCAUUGUACACCCUACACAGCUCUCAACCUGUGUCCCAGGCCGAGACAGGUGGGCGUGUAUUUGGACUAUAACGAAGGCAGAGUGUCUUUCUAUGACGUGGAGAGAAAGUUGCACAUUCACUCCUUCACGCGGGAAUCUUUCACGGGCAAAGUAUUCCCGUACUUUUAUCUGCACAGCAGGGCCAAGAAAUCUGAGCCGUUGGUUAUUUCCUCCAUGGUGGAUUAAGCAUCUCGGCUUUCUCUUAUUUAUUCUCUCAUUCAGGAUUGAAAAUAAACAAUAAACAAAGUAACGCUU